AAAACGGAGCAAUCGAGCGGAGCGGCCGAAGCGGGCGAGCCAGGGCUAAAAAACAUCACUCAACUCGUCUUGACUACCCGGGCUAACUUUAGCUACAUGUGCUGAGGUCGAGGGGGGAAACUGAUCUCACCUGCAACCAUGCCGACAGUUACUUUACCGCCGAAAGAGAACGCUCUCUUCAAGAGGAUCCUGCGAUGUUACGAACACAAACAAUACAGAAAUGGGCUCAAGUUCUGCAAACAAAUCCUGUCCAACCCCAAGUUUGCCGAGCAUGGAGAGACCCUGGCAAUGAAGGGCUUGACCCUGAACUGUUUGGGGAAGAAGGAGGAGGCGUACGACCUGGUGAGGAGAGGCCUGCGCAAUGACCUCAAGAGCCAUGUCUGCUGGCAUGUGUACGGUUUACUCCAGCGCUCGGAUAAGAAGUACGAUGAGGCCAUCAAGUGUUACCGCAACGCUCUCAAGUGGGACAAGGACAACCUGCAGAUCCUCCGAGACCUGUCCCUGCUGCAGAUCCAGAUGAGGGACCUGGAGGGCUACAGGGAGACACGGUACCAGCUGCUGCAGCUGCGUCCAGCCCAGCGGGCCUCCUGGAUCGGCUAUGCCAUCGCCUAUCACCUCCUGGAAGACUAUGAGAUGGCAGCAAAGAUCAUUGAGGAAUUCAGGAAAACACAACAGACGUCUCCGGACAAAGUGGACUACGAGUACAGCGAGCUGCUGCUCUACCAGAACCAGGUGCUGAGAGAAGCAGGUUUGCACAAGGAGGCCCUCGAGCAUCUGUCCAACUACGAGAAGCAGAUCUGCGAUAAACUGGCAGUGGAGGAGACGCGAGGAGAGUUACUGUUGAAGUUGGAGCGUCUGGAUGAAGCAACAGAAGUCUACCGCCGUCUGCUGGAGAGGAACCCAGAGAACUGGUCCUAUUAUCACGGCCUGGAGAAGGCCCUCAAACCAAGUACUGUAGAGGAGAGAUACAAAAUCUUUGAAGAAGCCUGGGAGAAAUUUCCCAAAGGGCUGGUGCCUCGCCGCCUACCCCUCAACUUCCUUUCUGGUGACAAGUUUAGAGAGUGUCUGGACAGGUAUCUGAGGAUGAACUUCAGUAAAGGCUGCCCGCCCGUCUUCACCACGCUCAAAUCGCUGUACAACGACAAAGAAAAGGUGGCAAUUAUAGAGGAACUGGUGGUCGGCUAUGAAACCUCAUUAAAAAGCUGCCGAAUGUUCAACCAGAACGAUGACGGUAAGGAGGAGCCUCCAACCACAUUGCUCUGGGUGCAGUACUUCUUGGCACAGCACUAUGACAUGAUCGGCCAGCAGACACUGGCUCUAGAAUAUAUCAACACGGCCAUCGAGAGCACGCCCACGCUCAUCGAGCUCUUCCUCAUCAAAGCCAAGAUUUACAAGCAUGCUGGUAACAUCAAAGAGGCUGCCCAGUGGAUGGAUGAGGCCCAGGCUCUGGACACCGCUGACAGAUUCAUCAACUCUAAGUGUGCCAAGUACAUGCUGAAGGCGACCAUGAUCAAAGAGGCCGAGGAAAUGUGCUCCAAGUUCACCCGGGAGGGAGCAUCAGCAGUGGAGAACCUGAACGAGAUGCAGUGUAUGUGGUUCCAGACUGAGUGUGCGCUCGCCUACAAAGCCAUGAACAAGUUUGGAGAAGCCCUGAAGAAGUGCCACGAGAUCGAGAGGCAUUUUGUGGAGAUCACGGACGAUCAGUUUGAUUUCCACACUUACUGCAUGAGGAAGAUGACGCUACGCUCAUAUGUGGACCUGCUGAAGCUGGAGGAUGUGCUCCGGAUGCACCCGUUCUACUACAAGGCCGCAAUCACAGCCAUUCAGAUCUACCUGAGCCUCCAUGACAAUCCGCUGACAGAUGACAGCAAAGAGCUGCAGGCGGACACUGCAAACCUAUCAGACAAAGAGCUGAAAAAGCUGAGGAACAAGCAGCGAAGAGCCCAGAAGAAGGCCCAGCUGGAGGAAGAGAAGAAGAACGCGGAGAAGGAGAAGCAACUAAAGAACCAGAAAAAGAAGAAGGAGGAUGACGACGAGGAGAUCGGAGGGCCCAAAGAAGAGCUCAUUCCUGACAAGCUGGUGAAGGUAGAAAAUCCACUGGAAGAAGCCAUCAAGUUCCUGACGCCUCUCAAGCACCUGGUCAAAGACAAGAUUGACACCCACCUACUGGCCUUUGAGAUCUACUUCAGGAAAGAAAAAUACCUGUUGAUGCUCCAGUCAGUGAAGAGAGCUUUGGCAAUCGACCCCGACCAUCCGUGGCUGCACCAGUGUCUCGUACGCUUCUUUAAAGGAGUGUCAGAGAGCAAGGAGCUUCCAGAGGUGGUCAGGACGGUGCUGAAACAGGAGAUCACCCGGCUGUUCGGAGACAGCAACGCUAAGAGCUUCAACCAGGCCUACCUCACCAAGCACUCCAGCUCCAUACCACACAGACUGGCUGCUGCGAAGAUGAUGGUGUAUCUGGACUCCUCGAUGCAAACGAAAGCAGCAGAACUGGCCGGUGCACUGGAUGAGUCCCUGAACAACAGAACCAUACAGAUCUGCACAGAGGUCCUCGAGUGUCUUCGCAGCGGCGCCCUGGGCGACUGUAAAGAGCACGCCGAGUCGUACCGCGCCGAGUGCCACAAGCUUUAUCCCUACACGUUAGCUUUCAUGCCCCCCGGAUACGAGGAGAACACCAAGAUUGCCAACGGAGACGUUUCCACGGAAACGGAGGAGCUAGCCAACGAGAUGUGAGCACGGCAGUACAGCAGCGGAUGAGAAAAGGAACUGGGCCGAGCACGGAGCCUUGUGGUACGCCUGUGGCAGCCAUUUUUGUAGAGCCGGACACAGGAAGCGA